AUGAACACGCCGUCGUCCGGCACAGCGACACCUCCGGACCUAGAGCAAGGAGAGAAGGCCUAUAUUCAGAAGAGAUUGACCCUUACUUUCCAGAAUCUCAACGUUCGAGUUACGGCACCCGAUGCAGCGCUGGGAAGCACGAUCCUAUCUGAAGCGGAUCCGCGACAGAUUCUGGAUUUUUUCCGUCGGAACCAGCGACCUAAGCGAGCGAUCCUCACAAAUGUAACGGGGCAGGUUAAGCCGGGCGAAACGAUGCUUGUCCUUGGACGUCCUGGCUCCGGAUGCACAUCGCUUUUGCGCGUCCUCUCUAAUGACCGAGCAUCAUUCGAUGAAGUGAAUGGUGAGACCCGGUACGGAAGUGCUGACCAUAACGAGGCAAAGCGGUUCCGUCAGCAGAUCAUGUUCAACAAUGAAGAUGACUUGCACUUUCCAACCCUCACGGUGAACCGCACCAUGAAGUUUGCACUGCGAAAUAAGGUCCCAGCAGAACGUCCCGAGCACCUCCAGCAGAAAGAGAGUUACGUCAAGGAUAAAAGAGAUCGAAUCCUAGAUUCUCUUGGUAUCUCUCAUACCCAGAAAACGCGAGUGGGAAACGAGUUCAUCCGUGGUGUGUCUGGAGGAGAGCGUAAGCGUGUGUCUCUGGCGGAAAUGAUGGCCGGACAGAGCCCUGUUCAAUUCUGGGAUAACCCAACCAGAGGUCUCGACUCGAAGACAGCGGCCGAAUUCGGAUGCAUGUUGCGCCAUGAAGCCGAUACCAAUGGCAAGACUAUCGUUGCCACCAUGUACCAAGCCGGAAACACCGUCUACGACCAAUUCGACAAGAUUCUCGUUCUAGCAGAAGGCAGAGUGAUUUACUAUGGUCCUCGCAGUAUGGCCCAGCGAUAUUUUGAAGAUCUCGGAUUCGUCACCCCCAAGGGCGCCAAUAUCGCCGAUUUCCUCACAUCUGUCACGGUACUUACGGAGCGGAUUGUUAAGCCUGGAUGGGAAGAGAAGGUUCCAAGUACCCCUGAUCAAUUUGAGGCGCGCUUCCGCGAGACUUCAAUCUACAGACAGAUGAUGGAUGCGAUUGAACCGCCGGAGAAAUUGACGCACGAGAUCGAGGAUAUGAAACUGGCGGUGUCUAGCGAGAAGAGAAAGCAGCAUUUGCCUCGUCCACAGAGUGUGUAUACGGCCGAUAUCUGGGAACAGAUCCGGAUUUGUACCCUUAGACAAUUCCAAAUAAUGGCGGGAGACAAACUAUCUCUCUGCAUCAAGGUGGUCUCUGCAAUCAUCCAGGCACUCGUAUGCGGCAGUCUGUUCUACGAUCUGAAAGACGACAGCAGUUCCAUCUUCCUGCGACCUGGUGUACUCUUCUUCCCUGUUCUCUAUUUCCUCCUCGAAUCCUUGUCGGAAACCACCGCCUCCUUCAUGGGCCGUCCAAUCCUCGCCCGUCAGAAGCGUUUUGGCUUUUAUCGUCCGACAGCUUUUUGUAUUGCCAACGCCAUCACGGACAUUCCUGUGGUGAUUGUGCAGGUUUCAUGCUUCUCGCUGAUUCUCUACUUCAUGUCAGCUUUACGGAUGGAUGCUGGUCGGUUCUUCACGUUCUGGAUUAUCGUCAUUGUACAAACCCUGAGUUUCAUCCAACUCUUCCGGGCCAUUGGAGCUGUGUGCAACAAGUUCGGAAAUGCGUCCAAAAUUUCCGGAUUGCUCUCAACUGUUUUCUUCGUUUAUGGAGGUUACUUGAUCCCCUUUGAGAAAAUGCACGUCUGGUUCCGAUGGAUCUUCUAUCUGAACCCCGGAUCAUAUGCAUUCGAGGCACUGAUGGCCAACGAGUUUGUCGGCCUGCAACUCCAAUGUAUCGAGCCAGAUUAUAUACCAUACGGCAGUGGGUAUUCCGACUCGCGAUACCGGGGAUGUUCUGUACUCGGGAGCAACGAAGAAGGCAUCAUCGACGGAGCCGCUUACAUCCGUCAGCAGUACAGCUACUCUGUGCACCAUAUCUGGAGAAGCUUCGGAAUCUUGGUCGGUUUCUGGGCGUUCUUCAUCUUCGUUACGGCGCUGGGAUUCGAGCUGCGCGACAAGCAGGGUGGCUCUUCCGUGCUCUUGUACAAGCGUGGCAGCCAGAAGCGAGGAUCUGAACAAGAUUGCAAAGAGCAGCAGCAACGGCCAAAGGUAUCCGCAGACGCUCUUCAGCAGAGAGCAAAGCAUUCGACCUUCACUUGGAAUAACCUCGACUACUAUGUUCCAUUUCAAGGGGAGAAGAAACAACUUUUGGAAAAGGUCUUCGGUUAUGUCAAGCCUGGAAACCUGGUGGCUCUUAUGGGAAGCUCCGGUGCCGGAAAGACAACACUGCUGGAUGUCCUCGCGCAGAGAAAAGACAGCGGCGAGAUCUAUGGCUCGAUUUUGAUUGACGGAAGACCUCAAGGUAUCAGUUUCCAAAGGACGACCGGCUACUGCGAGCAAAUGGAUGUCCACGAAGGUACAUCGACGGUCAAGGAAGCGCUCAUCUUCUCUGCUCUACUACGGCAGCCCUCGACGGUGCCACAAGCGGAGAAGAUUGCUUAUGUGGACCACAUAAUCGAGCUUCUGGAACUUCAGGAUAUCAGUGAUGCUCUCAUCGGAGUUCCUGGUGCGGGUUUGAGUAUUGAGCAGCGAAAACGAGUUACUUUGGGAGUCGAGUUAGUGGCCAAACCUACUCUCCUCUUCUUGGACGAACCGACUUCCGGUCUUGAUGGUCAAUCAGCAUACAACAUUGUCCGUUUCUUGAGAAAGUUGGUGGACGGAGGACAGGCUGUGCUGUGCACUAUCCAUCAACCUUCUGCAGUUCUGUUUGACGCGUUUGACUCUUUGCUUCUGUUAGCCAAGGGCGGGAAGAUGGCAUAUUUCGGCGAGACCGGCAAGGAUUCGGAUAAGGUGCUCAACUACUUUGCCAAAAAUGGAGCACCCUGUCCUCCAGGUGCCAAUCCCGCGGAGCAUAUCGUCGACGUUAUUCAAGGAAAGGCGAAUGCAAAGGUCGACUGGGUGGAAACAUGGAGUCAGUCAAACGAGCGUCGAAAUGCGAUGGCUGAAUUGGAGACCCUUAACGACGCUGGCAAAGCCGAUCCGAAUUACGAGGAAGAUCAAACCGACUUUGCGACUUCGAAACUGUUCCAGUUCAGAAUGGUUCUGGAACGGUUGAUGACCCAGCUAUGGCGAUCUCCGGACUACAUGUGGAACAAAAUCAUCCUCCAUGUCUUUGCUGGUCUCUUUAGCGGUUUCACUUUCUGGAAGAUUGGAGAUGGUACAUUCUCGCUGCAGCUUAGGUUGUUCGCCAUCUUCAACUUUAUCUUCGUCGCGCCGGGGUGUAUCAACCAGAUGCAGCCGUUCUUCUUGCAUAACCGGGACAUCUUCGAAACGCGGGAGAAGAAGUCAAAAACGUAUCACUGGAUUGCGUUCAUCGGCGCUCAGGCUGUUUCUGAAAUUCCGUAUCUGAUCAUAUGCGCCACUUUAUACUUCGCAUGUUGGUACUUUACCGCGGGCUUCCCAGUCGAGUCCAGCAUCUCGGGACAUGUGUAUCUGCAGAUGAUCUUCUAUGAAUUCCUGUACACCUCAAUCGGUCAAGCCAUCGCCGCGUAUGCGCCGAACGAAUACUUCGCAGCGAUCAUGAACCCAGUCCUGAUCGGCGCAGGCAUGAUCAGUUUCUGUGGUGUGGUUGUCCCGUACUCGCAGAUGCAGCCCUUCUGGCGAUACUGGAUUUACUAUCUGGACCCCUUCACAUACCUGGUCGGUGGUCUGUUGGGCGAAGUCCUCUGGGAUGUCAAGGUGCACUGCGAACCGUCGGAGUGGGUGAACUUCGAUGCUCCUGCGGGACAGACGUGCGGCGAAUAUAUGGCCGACUUCCUCUCUGAACAGGCCGGAUACCUUAUGGACUCCAAUGCCACUUUGUCAUGCUCGUUCUGCCAGUAUUCCACUGGUGCGGAUUAUGCCAAGACGUUCAAUCUGAGGGAGAAAUACUACUCAUGGAGAGAUACCGGAAUCACUGCCUUGUUCUGCAUCAGUUCGUAUGCCUUGGUGUUCCUGAUGAUGAAGCUCCGAAGCAAGAAGACAAAGAGUGCCCGGUCGGAGUGA